ACCAACACUACCUUUUAUCAGCCACUUGUUUGAGCUCAAUUGUCAUCAAUUCAACGUCUUUUUUUAAUUAAUUUUUUAUCAGUCUCAUUUACUCAUCUCUCUUUCUUAAAUUUGGGUUUGUUACUAUAGUUUAGUUUAGGUUUUUUUAUGAACUUCCAUCAAAUAGUAGAUGGCUAGAUGCAGUCUUUCCGGUCUCCAACGUUAAGGAAAAGUGAGUGAGAAAGAAAAGGGAAAAAAAAACACUUUCCCUUUUACCAAACAAAAGAAACGUUACAAAAAGCAUAGGAAACUGGAAACUCAGGAAUUUUUUUCCCUUUUGGAUUCCCCCCUUAAACUGAUCUCCCUCUGCCUUUCUUCAAAACCUUCGCACAGUUUUUCCUCAAAAUUUCAAAAUCAACAAUCCAGCUUUCUCUCUCUGUCUCUAUCAUAGGAGUGUAUUUGCUAAGGAAUUCUGGCUUUUAUUGUGAAAGUUAUAAUGUGGGUUUGGUUGCCUUUGAGGUAAAGAUCUUCGGUUAACUGUUGGUGGGUAAUUGGUAGUUUCUCAUUUUAUUGUUUUUUAAAUUAUUUUUUUAAGAUAGACAAUUUAUUUCUAUGUUCUAUGACUAGUUGAUCCUUUUUUUGGUGUGUGGAAUCGGAUCAGCCAGGAUUCUUUUUUUUUACAGCAAAAAGAAUCCAUUUUUUUCUAAUUGGUUGGUGUAAAUUCGAGGCUGUACCAGCUUGUUCAGAGAUACCCAUAUUGAAACUAUAGUAAAUGAUUGUUUGUUUCUCGUAUUUUGUUUGCUUGUAUUAAAUGUUUAUAAUACAAGUUUUGUUGCUUGGUAAUGGUUGGAACUUGGAAAGGUCUCUUAACUAGGUAGGACUAGUGAGAUUAUUGAUAAGAAGGGAACUGUUUUACCCUUUUUUGUGUGUGUGUCUGUGUGUCUGUGUGUUUCUCCUUUUUAUCUUUCAUUUUUCGUUGGUGUGUUUUUUGAGUUUUGGAAAGAGAGAAGAGAGUGAAGAUCCCAUUUAGCUAUUGUGGAGAUCUGGGACUUGUUUAAUCUGUUUUGCCCAAUGAGGACUUUCUUUCCCUCUGAUUCAUGUAAAGAAUCACAACUCAAUGCAAUCAAUCCUCAGUCUUGGCUCCAAGUUGAAAGAGGGAAGCUUUCUAAAUUCUCUUCUUCGGAUAACACCUCUUCAUCCAUAGAAUCAUUUAUCAAGGUUCCUGAGCCAACAAUAGUGCCAUUCUUUAAACCUAUUGAUUAUGUAGAGGUUUUAGCUCAAAUUCAUGAAGAACUAGAAUCAUGUUCUCCGCAAGAGAGGUCGAAUCUUUAUUUAUUACAAUUUCAGAUCUUUAAGGGCCUUGGGGAAACCAAAUUGAUGCGGAGAAGCCUCCGCUCUGCUUGGCAGAAGGCUGGCACUGUCCAUGAGAGGCUUGUAUUUGGGGCAUGGUUAAGGUAUGAGAAGCAAGGGGAAGAACUUAUUGCUGACAUGCUUGCAACUUGCAAUAAAUGUGCACAAGAGUUUGGGCCAAUAGAUUUUGUUUCUCAGCUCCCAAUCGAGGUGAAUGGGAGUUCCCCAGACGCUGUUGUGAUGAGUGGAGGGAAGAGGCUGAAAAAUGUGAGAUUUAGGAUCGGAGACGAGAAAAUAGUUUGUGAUAGGCAGAAAAUUGCUUCUCUUUCAGUCCCAUUUCAUGCUAUGCUUGAUGGGUACUUCACUGAAUCACUUUGUGAGGACAUCGAUUUAUCUGAAAACAAUAUCUCCCCAUUGGGUAUGAGGACAAUUGGUGAGUUCAGCAUGACAGGCAGUUUAAUUGAAGUCCCUCCUGAUCUUUUGUUGGAAAUAUUAGUUUUUGCAAAUAAAUUUUGUUGUGAAACACUCAAAGAUGCUUGUGAUAGGAAACUUGCAUCUUUGGUUUGCACCAAAGAUGAUGCUGUGGAGCUCAUGGAAUAUGCUAUUGAAGAGAAUUCCCCUGUCCUUGCCGCGUCAUGUUUGCAAGUUUUUCUACACGAACUGCCUGACUGUUUGAAUGACAACCGAGUGGUGGAAAUAUUUAGCCAUGCUGAUAGACAACAGAGAUCAAUCAUGGUUGGACAGGCCUCAUUUUCUCUGUAUUGUUUAUUAAGUGAAGUAGCUAUGAACAUUGAUCCUCGAUCUGAUAAAACCGUUUCUUUCCUAGAACAAUUGAUUAAAUCUGCUGAAACUGACAGGCAGAGACUGUUAGCAUUUCAUCAGUUGGGAUGUGUAAAGCUUCUGAGGAAAGAGUAUGAUAAAGCUGAAAGUCUUUUUGAGGCAGCUGUAAGUUUAGGUCAUGUAUACUCUAUUGCAGGUUUGGCUAGACUGGGUUACAUUAAGGGCCAUAAAUUUUGGUCAUAUGAGAAGCUCAGCUCUGUGAUUUCUUCUGUUAACCCACUGGGAUGGAUGUAUCAGGAAAGGUCAUUAUACUGUGAAGGUGAUAAGAGGUGGGAAGACCUUGAGAAAGCAACUGAACUGGACCCAACUCUUACCUACCCAUACAUGUAUCGGGCUGCUUCCCUAAUGAUGAAACAGAAUGUUCAAGCUGCUCUUGCUGAGAUCAACCGAGUUCUUGGGUUUAAACUUGCAUUAGAAUGCUUGGAACUCCGAUUUUGUCUUUAUUUAGCCUGUGAGGAUUACAAAGCAGCCAUCUGUGAUGUUCAGGCAAUUCUAACACUUUCCCCAGAUUACAGAAUGUUUGAGGGACGGGUGGCAGCAUCCCAGCUCCGUACGCUUGUGCGUGAGCAUGUUGACGACUGGACAACAGCGGAUUGUUGGAUGCAGUUGUAUGAUAGGUGGUCUUCAGUUGAUGAUGUUGGAUCUCUCUCUGUAAUCUACCAAAUGCUUGAAUCUGGUGGGGCAAAAGGUGUUUUAUACUUCCGACAAUCAUUACUUCUCCUCAGGUUGAAUUGUCCUGAUGCAGCUAUGCGAAGUUUAGAAUUAGCUCAUCAACAUGCAUCCAGUGAACAUGAACGCCUGGUUUACGAGGGAUGGAUCCUAUAUGAUACUGGUCAUUGUGAGGAAGGGCUUCGAAAAGCAGAAGAGUCUAUCAAAAUUAAGAGAUCUUUUGAGGCCUUCUUCCUUAAAGCUUAUGCAUUGGCUGACUCUUGCUUUGAUUUAUCUUGUUCUUCAACGGUUAUUUCACUCCUUGAAAAUGCCUUAAAAUGCCCCUCAGAUAAUCUGCGGAAAGGCCAGGCUCUUAACAAUCUUGGAAGUGUGUAUGCUGAUUGCGGGAAAUUGGACUUAGCAGCCGAUUGCUACAUUAAUGCCCUUAAAAUCCGACACACGAGAGCACAUCAAGGACUUGCACGAGUCCAUUUUCUCAGAAAUGUUAAGGCUGCAGCAUACGAGGAAAUGACUAAACUGAUCGGAACAGCUAAAAAUAAUGCAUCCGCCUAUGAGAAAAGGUCUGAAUAUUGUGACGGUGACCGUGACCUCACAAAGGCAGAUCUGGAGAUGGUCACUCUAUUAGAUCCACUCCGGGUGUAUCCUUACCGCUAUCGAGCUGCAGUGUUAAUGGAUAGCUACAAGGAGAAGGAAGCCAUUGCUGAACUAUCUAGGGCUAUUGCAUUUAAAGCAGAUCUUCACCUUCUACACCUACGGGCUGCCUUCCAUGAGCAUGUUGGGGAUGUCUUGAGUGCCCUUCGAGAUUGUCGUGCUGCUCUCUCUCUAGACCCAAAGCAUCAAGAAAUGUUGGAACUACACAGCCGUGUAAACAGCCAUGAACCAUAAAUCUCAUUUUUUUUAUUGGGUUAAAAAUGUAAAAGAAGGGAAAAAAAAAGGGGAAAUUAUAAAUGAUAAAAUGGAGAAAAAAAAUGUAAACAAAAGGGUAACCGUGUAUACUAGCAAGUGUGUGCAGGUGGCAUCACCCAUGUUCCUGUAAUUUAUCCUGUAAGAUAUAUUAUGAUAAGGAAUUGCUCAAGAGGAAAACCCAAGUAAUUGCAUAUGCCAGGAUAUACAACCACCACCUGAGUUCAAA